GGCGGCAGUGAGCAGACACGCGUCAGUCUGGUCGAAGAAGAAAAAGCGGCAAAAAGGCGGAAGUCUUGUUUUUUAAUGGACGAACUUUUCAUCCAGCGAGUUUGUUUUUAAGUUAAAGUUGGUGUUUGGGACUGAAGUUACACUUGCACAAAUGGUCUCCACCAUCCCCAACUUCGACGUGAGGCAGAAAGAUGCCGAUCAAGCCUUGGUCGUCGCCAUCUCGUCCUCUGCCGUGUUCGAGGCUGCCGAUGAAGGCGACGAGGUGCACGGUGUGGGCGUGGCCUUCCUACUGCUGCAGGCGUUGCAGAGUGUGAAUCGACGUCUUCUGGCGGAAAAUCCCGAGGAGUUGCUGCUCUUCGACGUGCUUCUGAUCACCACCGACAGCAGGGGGCAGCGGCAGAGCGCUCGCAUCGUCAACAGUACCAAACAUUACGGUCUGGAAGUCAGCAGGUUCUGUUUUGCCAGCCAGGAUGACUUCAUUGAGAGUUUGCUCCAAAACAAAGUGCAGCUUUUCCUGUCCACGCAUCAAGAUGAGGUUUCACACGCCUCCCAAAGAGGUGUUCUGUCAGCGCUGUUGGACCAGCAGACGUCCUUGUGUCCAUCGGAGCAGCUCAGAGUCUUGUUCGACGGCGACGAAAGCCCAACGCCGGCAGACAGCCAAGCUGCUCAGCAUUUCUGGUGUCGGCUGGGGGCCAUGCGGCGGCGGUUCGGCGUCCUCGACAGUCCCCUCAGCAUCAUCGCUAUGACGUGCCGCGGCGGCAGGGACCGCUGCGGCGACGCGCUGAAGACGCUGCGUUCCCACGACGUCCGCGCAGAUGAGGCGUACUGCCUGGCGGGAGCGCCCCGCGGCCCCAUCCUGUCUGUGCUGCGUCCUCACUUCCUGCUCGGCGGCCUGCUGUGACGCUGCCGCGUUGUCACGUGAGCACCUGAACACACCACGCUCAAUGCCACAUGUUAAUACCACGUAUGUAAUCCUCCAAUUCUAUUGAUUUAUGUCCCUCUCUUUGAAUAAAGCAUCAAGAGGAAUAUUUGCUCCUUCAAAUAAUUAUUUAUGAAUAUUUCAUCUCAUAAAAAAACAACAUAAAACUAUUGCAAACUUUUGAACUCGAAAAAUUAAAGAUGAUCUUUCAUGCAAAUAUACAUAUAUUUUUAAAUAAUUCAAUAUUUUUGUGUCAAUGCAGUCCUUCUCAAAUAGUGGGUGGGCGGGGUGCAAAGCCAGGACGUGCUUUAUCAGUAUCACGCUUGGAAAAGCUGCGUUACAAAACACACUCAUUGUAGCCAUUAGUCCCGACUUCUUCAUUUUCAGUUUGAAUUGUAUUAUUAUUUAUUGAGUUUAUUUAAUUACAUUUUUCACUAUCAGAUAGUUCAAUAGUUUAAAGGGGAAAUGCUCUUUAUUUUAAUUUUGCCUAUCAUUCACAAGCCUUAUGUAAGACAAGAACAUAUGUUUUUUUAAUGCAUUCUAAAUCAUAAAUAAACGAUAGCAAAAGUCAGCUAAUGUGAGUCACUCUUUUCUGACAAUAAAGCGCUUAAAAAAACAUCCCAUAACCUCCAUCCAUGUUUUAUAUACACGCUAUAAGUAUAUAUAUAAUGUAGUAACAAUAAUAAUAACAUGUAAUAUUUACAUAAUUUGAUCAUUUUAAGCACACGGCAGCGCAUUAAUUUCACAAAAAAAAUCACCGAUUACUGCACAAUGCAGACUUUUUGAGAAACAACAGACAUAAUAAAACAUCACGUACUGUACAAUGUCUGCUCUCACUUGGAUGCCGACUGUUAGGAUGUUCAUAUAUUCCUGUUUACAUAAAGAAGGACUCUGAAUCCUCACCGCUUUUCAUCUCUUUUUCGCCAUUCCCGGGUCCAAAUUAGAUACCAAAUUUGACCAACUGGUCAGAGUAUGUCCUCAUCCUUCUACUAUCCAGGUGAGAGGCAUUAUUUUUAUGAUUUAGGGUAAAUUUUCACGAACUCCGAUGCGAGAGAGCAGCUCACCAACUCAUGAUGUCAAUAGUAGCACAAGCUAGUUAGCUCUCUGUGAUCUCGGCGCUGCUAAAAUAGUAUACUAAAAUAGUAUCUCUGUUAGAGCUCAUAAUAUUGCUAAUACUUGUUAAUAUUCAGGUCACAACAUGUAAAGCUGUUUGUAUUUUUGGCGUCUUUUUUUAUGUUUUUUUGGGCACAAUAGUGUACUCCUAUUGACUCCAUUGUAGGCAUCCAUCCAUCCAUUUCCUACCGCUUAUUCCCUUCGGGGUCGCGGGGGGCGUUGGAGCCUAUCUCAGCUACAAUCGGGCGUAAGGCGGGGUACACCCUGGACCUAUUGACUCCAUUGUAAGCAGACUUUAAUUUAACUUUAUUAAUGAGUUAGAGUGCAAAAAAAGAAAUAUACACCCGUCUUCUUGUCUCUCAUAAUGAUUGUGAACAACAGGCAAAAUUCCAAAAAAGUGCAGUUCCCAUUUAUAAGAUUUUUGU